AUGGUUCGCAAAUCUAGAUCGGAAUGGAAGGCCGAUUAUUUCAAGAAGCUAUCGAAACACUUGGGAGAUUGUGACAAAUGCUUUGUUGUGAAUGUUGAUAAUGUGCGAUCUAAGCAAAUGCAGCAAAUCCGUGUGGCUCUGCGUGGAUCCGCUGAAAUAGUGAUGGGUAAAAAUACCUUGAUGAAGAAGGUUAUUCAUGCGCAAAUGGCACGCAAUCCACAUCUCGAAAAGAUUCUACCUCAUGUCCGCGAAAAUGUGGGUUUUAUCUUCACAAAAGCCGAUUUACUGGAGAUACGGGAGAAGUUAGAGGCUAAUCGCGUCGAGGCUCCGGCUAAGGCAGGAACCAUUGCUCCUUGUGAUGUCAUCGUCCCUGCUCAAAACACCGGUCUAGGGCCGGAGAAAACCUCGUUUUUCCAGGCUCUCAACAUUCCCACGAAAAUUGCUAGGGGAUCAAUUGAGAUUUUGAAUGACAUCCCCAUUAUUACGAAGAACACCAAGGUCGGAAUGAGUGAAGCUACCCUACUGAACAUGUUGAAGAUAUACCCUUUCACGUACGGUCUUGUCAUUACACAGGUUUACGACCACGGAUCGGUCUACGAUCCAGCGGUUCUAGACAUAACACCCACCAUGGUUAUGGAGAAGUUCAUGGUUGGGGUGCAGAACAUUGUCGCUCUGGGGCUAGCGACGGGCCACACAACAUUUGCAACUGUACCACAAGUCUUGGUGAAUGGGUUCAUGGAUAUGCUGGCAAUAUCCGUCAUGGUCGACUACACGUUCAAAGAGUCGGAACAGAUCCCUGCGACCGGUCCCCGGAAACCACCUGUGAGUGAAACCAUCAAACAUCAGAAUGGAAUGACCAUCUCGAACAAAGAAGAAUGCCUCCACUGGUGGGCCGAAUACUUCGAACUGUCGUGGCCACCAGCCGAGACUCAUCUAGGGCCCACAGGUGAAGUAGAACCCUGGACAGUGAACGUGGAACCACCUACGGCCUCGGAAAUUUACGGCUGCAUAUGUCCUCUCAAGCGCCACCGAGCUCCCGGUCCGGAUGACCUUCCACCCGCACUGUUCAAAGACGGGGGUGAAGUCCUCAGUCAGCGCUUGUCCGAUCUGUUUGCUUGCAUUUGGGAAAAGGAGUCUGUCCCAGACAACUGGGGAGAAUCGGGGAUAGUGCUCAUUUUCAAAAAGGGGCGCGUAGGAUGCUCACUCUCUCCAUUCCUUUUUGACGUUGUGAUCGAUGAAAUAAUGAGACGAACGCUGGAGGGUCUCCAAAACCCUGGUGUUCAAAUAGCCUGUGAAGAAAACCUUGUCGAUCUGGAAUAUGCAGACGACAUCGUUCUCAUGUUCGAAGAGGAGGAGAAGGCGCAAGUAUUCUUGGAUGAACUGACCAAAGUCAUCCCGUCCUUUGGCUUGGCUGGAGACACGAUAUGGCGGCUAACCGAUGUCAGUGGUGUUCUUGUCAAUUUCUAUCCAGAUUACAUGGGGGUUGGAGGUGUAAGUGUUGACGAAAGCCCUGUCGAUUUGCAAUAUGCAGAUGACCUCAUUCUCGUAUUCCAGAUGGAGAAAACGACUCGGGUGUCGUUGAAUGAACGCACCAGCGUCAAAGAAUACUUGGCUGAUCCCUCCAAAUUCGUGGCUGCUAUCACAGCUACCACACCCCAGACUGCGUCUGGCACUCCCUCUACUGUCCAAGAGAAGCAAGCUGCACCAGCCGCUGCUCCUCCGGCCGAGGAAAGCGAAAGUGACAGCGAUAUGGGAAUGGGUCUUUUUGAUUAGGGUGGUUCUCUGAAUAAAAAUAUGGUUAUGAACAACGU